CACCUGAGUCAUAACACAAAUGAAUAUGGUGAUGCACCACUUUAAAAAGCUUGUCAGACGGUCUUCAGGAAACAUUUUCUGUCAGCGAUGGAACUUAUAACUACUGUAGCCGCUCUGAUUUUUCUUCUCUGCUCACAGAUACAAAACACAGGAGCUCUUCCGGUUUGGCAUAACCAUGGCAACUAUCAACAAAACACUUCAGGAAAUGGCAAACCCAUACCUUCAUCCUUGGUGAAAGAAACUGUUGCUGCUAAGACCCAAAAUGAGAGCCCUCCAUGUCAGAUUGUUCCUGACGAUCCUUUGACGGGAAUCGACGCCACUCCUCCACCUCUAAUCCCUGUCAAUAAACCAGGACAGGAUGCACAUCGGACAAAUCCUCCUCUUGCACCUACUGCCAGUAACCCAGGGCGGGGUACAUAUCAGCAACCCCCUCCUCUUCCACCUAAUGUAUUCUACCAACCUAUUGUGCCUUAUUAUGUUCUCCCACCUAAUCCAGUCAGUGGGGGGUUUUAUGUGUACGGACAAGGUCCUGAUAGAGCCAGGUUUACACCAGGAAGGGGUCGGCUUCCUCCACACUCACCUUUUGGUGCAUCUGGCUUCCUCCCAGCUUCUCAGUGGUUCUUGGAUCUUCAGAGAGAUAAACACCUCCCAGUGAGAAAUCCAGCAGGAAAUCAAAGAGCUCCCCUCCUGGCUCAAAGGUCUGAUUAUACAUCAAGUGAAAUGUCAUCUGAAGAGGAUAGUGACGGUGACUGAAGAGAUACAGGAGGGGAUCAUGAGACUGAUUCAGUCUUUUGAACAUGUAAGGGUAACACUUAUAAAUGAAUAACUGUACUAAGAGGAGUUUUCUUGUUAACAAAGUUUCUGUUCUACAUGUGUUGCCCACCAAAACCCUUUGUAUGAACAUACUGAAUCUAUUUCCUUCCUCAUAAAGCAUUUGCAAAAGCUGA